GUUUGUGUUAUGUUAUGUACCGGUAUACUUUACGAGUGCGUCUUUUGAAAUUGUCAAUUUAUAGCUUUGUCCUAAAUAUAAUAUAAUCUUUUGAGUGUCUUCUAUAUUUGAGAACAGAAUAUUUAAGGUCGGUUUCUAGUAAGAAAAUGUCGGCAUCUGACAUACACGCUUCCUUUACAGGGAAUGGGACGUACAAAUCUAUAAAUCCAAUAAUAUCGAAAGUUGGCGAUUUCACACCCUUUUAUAUUGCCAUAGCUAUUUGCUCCGUUAUUUUGGGAUUGAUUCUCAUCCUAAACGUGGUGUGCUGUUGUUCACGAUACUCGGACUACUGGCUCGAUCGGCACACAGGCAAUCGUUGGAUUGUGUCUAUCUGGUCAGCAACACCACACAAGCAGCCACCGCUUGACUUCACAGAACUGGAAAAUCCUGACCAUCAAGUACAUUACAUGCAUUCAUUUACUGGUGAGGAAUAUCACGAAAUCCACAAGCGUGAAUCAGAAGUUCCUCCGUCUUUCUCACAGCAACCACUUACUUCAUCACAAGAGUAUUUAGAACUGCAUAAGCGAGAAAGUGAUAUAUAAGAUGGCAUUUUUAAUGAUAUAUCCAGCUGUAGCUAUACUUUCUUUGUUUGUACUGAUGGUCAUUAUACUGAUGCUGAGGUUUGGAGCAAGAUGGUGUAAGCUCCGCCACAGUGCUUUUGCUGACCAUGAAUAUUGGAAUG